CCCCGCCUCCGCCGCGCCGAGUCCCGUCACGCGCCGGGACAGCCGCGUGCGCAGCGCAGAGGUUCUUCCUCUUCCGGGUCGGCGCCCGCCGUGUACCGAGAAAGAAACCAGAGUUUUGGCUUAUGGCUGCCCCAGGAAGGGUGGCAGCUUUCCGUCUGCCUCCCCUGCCAACUAUUGGAGAGAUUAUUAAACUCUAUCGCCUUAAAGCACAGAGACAACUUUCCCAGAACUUUCUACUGGAUUUGCGAUUGACAGACAAGAUAGUGAAACAGGCUGGUGAGCUGAAAAAUGCCCAUGUUUGCGAAGUGGGCCCUGGGCCAGGAGGAAUUACCAGAUCCAUUCUCAGUGCUGAUGUUGAACAACUCCUUUUAAUUGAAAAAGAUGCUCGAUUUAUUCCAGGAUUGCAGAUGUUAUCUGAAGCAGCUCCAGGAAAAGUGCGCAUCGUUCAUGGAGAUAUCCUGACCUAUAAGAUGGAGAAGGCUUUUCCAAAGCACUUAAAAAAGGCCUGGGAGGAUGAACCACCAGAUAUACACAUCAUUGGGAAUCUGCCCUUUAGUGUUUCUACUCCUCUAAUCAUCAAAUGGCUUGAGAAUGUUUCGAAAAAGGAUGGACCUUUUACUUAUGGCAGGACACAGAUGACACUGACUUUUCAGAAGGAAGUUGGGGAGAGGCUUACAGCUAAUCCAGGAGGUAAACAACGUAGCAGACUGUCCAUUAUGGCUCAGCAUCUCUGCAGUGUUGAAAAUUGUUUCAUAAUUCCAGGUGAAGCUUUUGUUCCAAAGCCAAAGGUGGAUGUGGCUGUGGUGCAUUUCACUCCAUUGGUGCAACCAAAGAUACAGCAGCCGUUUGAGCUAGUAGAAAAAGUGGUUCGAAGUGUUUUCCAGUUUAGAAGAAAAUACUGUUUCCGUGGACUUGAGACCUUGUUUCCUGAAAGUGGACGUUUGAAAAGAACAGAACAGCUGAUGAUGACAGCAAAUGUUGAUCCAACUUUGCGUCCUUUUCAGCUCUCCAUGUCACAGUUCAGAAAUCUGUGCAAUACAUACAGGAAAAUGUGUGAUGAAGACUCAAGCCUUUUUGUGUUCGACUACAGGGAAGAACUAAAGCAAAAGAAGACAACAAGGAAUUUACUUAAAAGUACUAGUGAGCCUGAACAGACUGAAGAGGAAGAUCAGUUGUAACAAUUGUAAUUGCAGCAGACCGAUUUUUUUAUUAGUUUUAACUCCUUGAUCUAGAGGUGUUGGUUGAUUCAGUAAAAGGAGGCUUCUAUAUUCCUACAGCUGUGCGGGUAUGGAAGAACUACUUUUGAGAAAGUGGUAAAGAGAGAGGGCAGCUUUCUCUAUUCCAUUCAGCUGCAGACAAAAGGGAAAAGACAGUCCAGGUUAUUUUUACUUCAGGGGAAUUACUAGAACACGUACCAGGAAACAAGGUAUGUUGUGAGACAGGUAAUUAAGUUGUGAUACUUCUGAAAUAAUUGAGGUUUUUUAUGAAUGAAAGUGCAUUACUGAAAUGUAAGAGAAAUACUUUUCAUACUUCAGCAUGUAAGACGGUGUUUGGGUUUUUGUGCUUUUGUAUCCUGGAACAUCCUACUGUACAGAGUAAUCUAAAAAACAGAAGCCAAGGCUUUUAUAAAUACACUCAAGUGACUGGCUUAUGGGAGGAUAAAGUGCACCAAUUGCCUCAAGGUCUGCUAAUACUCUUCUCAUUUAUGCAGAAGCAAAGAAUUUGGUAUUUAAAGCUCCAACUGUAGAAAAGCAGCACGAUAAAAAGAAGAAAACAUGGCUAAGUACAAUACUUAUUUGUCUUUUACUGUACAGAUUGGUAGAGAAAAUAAAAAAUACAGUCAAAUAAAA